AUGAGCAAAGUGCAGACAUUCAAGGUGACCCUAGUUGGGGACGCCGGCGUCGUUUUCUUCUUCGAGCUCACUGCUACUCUUUAUGUACUAAUCUCCUUCUAUCGUCAGAAUCACGGCCAGAUCUUUCUCGAGAUCUGGGAGAUCCCAGGAAGCCUCGAUACACCAGAAACCCGGGCAGGGUUUCUCCAGCAGAGCGAUGCAGCGAUCAUCAUGUUUGAUUUGACAUGCAAGACGACAUUCGACAGUGUCAUUGCCUGGCACCAAGAAUUAAUCUCCACCAUCUCGCCCACCCUUCCAAUCGUGGUAUGCGGCAACAAAGCCGACAAAGACGAGAAAUCCCGCGAAAUAGAUACAGGAACCCUGGAAUGGCCCAGCCAGAUGCAGGGCAUCCAGUACUACAAUAUCUCGGCGAAGACAACUCUGAAUCUCGAGGCGCCGUUCUUGUGGAUUUUGCGCCAGCUUCUUCCGGAGCCGACUGUGGAAUUUGUCUUCGCCCAUGACUGCAUUGGGAGAAUGUGGGAAAUGAACACGAGUGACCUAGAGUCGUUGCAGAAGUAUCGAAAGGAAAUGGAGGCGGUUGCGGCAAUGCCUCUGCCAGAUGAGGAUGAGUGUGAUCUUUGA